AUGCUGCAAAAUAUUGAGGUACUCGAAGCGGAGAAAAUUAGACUGCUGUGGGGCCUGCGCUUGUCUGGCCGGAUAAUCUACAGUCGCCUAACCGAUGGCCAAGUGGCACUUAGCAUCAAGGACCAGAGUAACGACGAAAAGAGCCUAGUCAUUCACAUGAUCAACGAAUACGGCGCCCUCGCAGAGGGAUUUGUCCCAUCACAGCUGAUUCAGCUUCUAGCCGAGUUUUGCGGCAUAUGGGAGUCCCAGAAAAUUGCACUGCUCGCACAGAUACUAACCCAAAACAAUCUGAAGCUUAUUGAGCUAGACCUAAAGCAGUGUGGUGUAAAUGACGAUGAAAAUGGAUAUGCCGAGUCGAACUAUGGCAAACCACAGGCAGAAAGACCGGAACUGGAAAAACUGGAAAAUGCAGGUCUAACAACCACAACAGAGGAUUCAAUGGAAACAGAGGAUGCAGAGAGCACAGAGGACGAAACGAACAAAAAGAACGAGAAGAAAGCCAGCAAUGAAGAGAAAGGAAAGAAAAUUGCGAGCUUAGAUCAGGUGAUCCUCAAUGAAGAUGAUAUAGCUCAGCCAGGCGGCAAAAAGGACAAUGCACUGUUCAUUAAAGACCAGAAACGUGGCUUUGAAAAACUUCGAUCUGUAUCAUCAGGAUCAGAAUCUCCCAGUUCUUCGGAAGACUAUAUCCCGUGGAUGGGAACCGGAGCUAAGGACUACGACAAGGCAGACCUACAAAGGAGAAGUUCUGAAACAUCCGAACGAGGUUUCAUGAGCAUGAGCCAGGGUGUGUUCUCAACACCCUCCUCUUUUGCCGAUGGUCAGGCGGUACUAAACUUUCUGCAGGUGUCGCGGUUUCUUACCUCGUUUCUUGAUUCGGAAUCGUACAACCCCGAAAGGGAUUGGACAAGUCCUAUGCGGCAAAGGCAUGGACAUGGGGUGUAUGUUUACCGGGCGGAUGAUUCCACAUUCCGGAUACAGGAAAAGGGCCGUGGAAAGCUUAGAGCCGCUGUGAUGCAAAAGAAUGGUCUAGGCGAUGACUUCCUCCCCGACUCUUGCACUUUCCACAUCCAGGUCUGCGCAACGAACGCUGGCCGCGACGCCCUAUUCAAACUAUCCAUAUCUCAAUAUAUGAAGGCCAAACUUAUGCGUCUCCAAGCCGACUACAGCGACGUUUAUAUUAUAGCUCGCGUAUUCUCCGUCCUUAACAACGAUCCGGGAAUAGCCUUGUACGUGGACCCUUGGGGUCUCCACGAACGAGGACACAUCACGCUUGAGCCGACAGCAGCGUAUGUAGGUAGUAUUCAGCUGGACACCCCUGCUCUGCUGGAGGUGAGCCGUGCAAUAACCGACUUGGGGGCCUCCGGGACAGACAUCUAUAGGGAUCUCCCGGUUGACGGAAAGCACAUCCGUCUGCUCGAGCUAGAGAUCGACAACGAGGCGGCCGACAACAUUGACAAGGACAACGCACCUCUGAGGGCCAAGUUGGUUUGCUUAGCGCUCCAGCCACCUCAGACGCGCUUUUGGGCCAUCUCGUACGUCUGGGGGACCAAAGACGGACACGUGAUCGAGGUGAACGGAACUGCAAUGCCCAUCACCGAUUCCCUGUGGGCUUGUCUGAAGCAGCUUCGGGCCCGCCAUCGGGUUACAGGAGACAGGGUUCCGGUAUGGGCUGAUGCUAUCUGCAUCAACCAGAAGGAUGACAUUGAGAAAGCGAUGCAGGUGCGGCGCAUGGGCAUCUUCUACAGCAAGGCUGACAAGGUGGUGAUAUGGGCCGGAAACGAGACUUCUGAGACCUGUGGUGCCCUCCAAUCUCUCGACCAGUGGAACAAGAUGUCCCAGCUGCAGAACGCAGAAAUUCACACGUCUUCCGAUACUCUCCACUCCCCACCACGCGAAGACGCAGCGCGCAUAAAUGCCCUGCUUGAGUGUCCAUGGUUCACGCGCGCAUGGACCAUCCAGGAGCUCGUAUUCGGAUCGCAGGUGGUCAUAAUGUCGAAUGUCUCGGAGCUCCCGUGGCAGACUUUUAUAGGCGGUGUGAUUUCAAGUGGGCAACGUCUCCCGAACAUUCAUGCAGACGCGGCUCUGGCCCUAAACGCAACUCGACGGUACUACAAUGGGAGGACACCGGUACAGUCCGGGAGAAGAGGCGGAGGGCUCAAGUACUCGUUUCUUGAGCUUAUAGAGCUCUUUUUCUACGCCCAAUCUACACACCAACGGGACCGGCUCUUUUCCCUACUCAACCUGGCUUAUGAUACAACGGUGGACAAGGAGGGCUUCUAUCCUGACUACAGCAAUCUGUCGGACCCCAACCAUGAUGUUGUCAUACUGUCAAGGUACGCUAAGGCCUUCGUUGAGGACAACCACGCUCUUAACCUGCUGCAUCAUGCCGGUAGCGGCCGAAGCAGCCGCUUCUGCACCUGGAUACCAGACUUUUUCAACGAGCACAACCAGCUUCGCUACGCACCCACAAUCUCAAGCUGGAGCGCUGCCGGUCCAUCAUCGUGCAGUAGUGAGAUCCAGGUGUCUGGCGCCGAACAGCACGCAUUCUGCGCGGAUCGAUUCCCUUCUCAGGCUUACGUGCUGGAAGUGCCUCCGACAUCCCUGUUGUCGACCCAAAACUAUGACAUACCUGUUCUUGCCAUUAUGGGAAGACUGGUCGACACGGUCCAGACCUGUGGGAUGCAUAUUGAUAGCAAAUCUAUACAUUUCAGCAACACUUUAAGAGACUUCCACAACAUCCUCUCGCCCCUAAAUGGAUACCCUCACUGGGACCCAAGUACGAGCAAGGGCAGCUGGAAGGACAAGAGGAACAACAUCCUUGUCCGGUGCCUGAUAGGGGAUGCCGCAGGACCACAUGUCUGGUUGCAGCACCGGAAUUAUUUCUUCCGAAACGAUGCUAGUCAGGGGACCGGAACACCGCCAUUAGCAACAUCAACAUCACCGGCCGAGAGGUGGCCGGCAGGAUAUCAGAGCCAGAUCCUGCAAGUGCCACCCGGAUCAGACGGUUGGACAUUCCUAAGCAAAAAUGAACAUGAGAAGCGCACGAUCAACAGCUACUGGAAAACAGUUGCAGCCUUCACAGAAAGGAUCCAGAAAGCGACAGACGAGGAAGUGCUUUUAGUAUAG